CCCCCAUCAUCAACCGCCACUGGCAACCUCUCUCCACAUCACAACGCCGAAAUGCCGGCACAAACGCGGAAAUCGAAUAAAGAAGCAAAUUUCAAAGUUUAUUAUACCAAGAAGCUCCCCAAGCAGGUAUAUUUUCCGCAUAGAAGGAAGAUUGUGAAGAGGAGGGAUGAGGAUGACGACGUGGGGAAAGAGAAGCAAAUGAGGUUUCUGCCCGAGAGGAUGAGAGUGAGGAGGCAGGAUAUUAUGCGAAGUUCGGAGGCUGAGGACGAGAGCGAUGGCGAGAGUGAGGCGGAAAAAGAGGCGGGGGAGCGGCAGCAACAGCAACAGAAGGGAAGUGGAAAGAGAGGAGCGCAGAUGCAGGCGAAAGGAGGAGGGAAGAAGAGACGCAGCGAUGUGCUUGCACAGGACAAUGAUGGGGAACUAGACACAGCGACAGCACACCCGGCGGCGAAGCGCAGAAGACGGCCCGCGAAGAAAACGACACGGCAAUCCGCUACAACAUCAUCUGUUCACGCCGCGAGUGACGAGGAGACAGAGCCCCAAUCACCCAUUUCAGUAACUGCGUCCGAGUCCGAUUCAGAAUCCGAACAGCAACGAGAAGAUAGGUCGAGAAGGCGGAGACAAUCAACUAUGACACAAUUGGUCGAAGGCCGCAAACCACGGCCUGGAGAGAAAGAGCCGGAGUUCAAGCCUGUAAAAAGGACUUCGAGGAAUAGUUGGGGGAGCACGCGAGGCAAGGAUGAUAAACAGCGGACUUUGACGCAGAUGGUACGUGGGAUGGUUCAGAGGAGCGAUUCGGAAGACGAGGAUGAAGACGAUGGGGGCGUGGAGAUUGAUAGCGCAUUGGCCGAGCAUCUUGCGCAGAGUGGGCUGUUCGAAGCGGCUGGAGAGGUGGUGAUUGAUGGAGAUAAUGGAAGUCAUGAGACGGGUCUCGGAAGAGGCGGGAAGAGUGUGGGAGAGCCCACUCAGGAUGUUCGUACACCAGAAUCGCCGAGUCCUUCACGACGAAGAACGAGCAGAUUGACCGUCCCGCCGGUCGAACAUCCACAAACAACAUCCACACCUCACAAGGCAACUCAGAAACGCUUCAGCCUCCUCGCUACUCCCGAAAGACGGAAAGUGCGGGAAAUCCCCUCAUCUCAAUCACCCCCCGAGACUCCGCUUUCCACCCAGCCGACACCUCGCUCCCUUCGCCGUCCCUUGAGUGAGCGGACGCCAAACACUCAACAGAAGCCUUUAGACACGCCAUCGAAGCGGAAAAAGGUAGCCUUUCAAGAAUGCGUUUCUGAAAUACGGCGUCCCCCUCCCGCUCGAAGACAAUUCGUCCAGGACUCAGAAGAUGAAGACGACAAUCUGACAGAUGAUGAGGAGAAUCAAGAACCGGAACUGGGGGAUGCUAUCGGCCCGGAGACGCAGAGGGUUAUAUACAACAUUGAGCAUCCCGCCACUGGUAAGACCAUUGGUGCUGAGACGCAGGCGAUGUUGGAGCAGAUUGAUCGGGCGUGUGAGGAUGCGGAAGGGUUGGAGAUGAUGCUGGGGAGACAGGAUUCGAUUGAGCUUGGUGUUUCAACGAAUCGUGCUGCUCACCAUGAAGGAUCUCAGACCGUUGGAGGAGACGGUGAUACACCAGACGAGCCAGCUCCCAUCAUGGAUCAGGAAGAAGGAAUACACAACGCUGCUCUGGCACAGCAGCAACCACACGACCCUCCAUUUCCACACCACGAACGAGCCACCUCCACUCCUCCUCCAGCAACCCCAACCCCAACUCCACGCCCCUCCAACCUUCCCAAUCACCCUCCCAUCACCAUCGCCAUCAAACACGAGCCCUCCACACAAACACCCCAUCCCUCCCCACAACCCAACCCCCACCACCCACCAACACCCACCCAAACCCUCCUCGACCUAGACGGGCACCCCAUCAACGCCCCCGGCUCCCCCUCACCCGAAACGCAAACCUCGCACUCCAGCAGCGCAGAGCACCAACUGCAAUCCGAGUUCGUCCUGUCCUACUCGCAGUUCCCGCCGCGCAUGCCGCCAUCGAGCAGCAUGGCCGUUGUAGGUGUAGGAAGUGAUAGCUACAUGGACGUGCUGGAGACGCCGCGGAGAGCCACGGGGGGAGGGGGGAUGCAAGAAGCGGGUCGGGAGGAGAGGUGGGAGGAGAGGUCGUCGUUGAGCCAGGCUACGACUGUGGAUGGGGAUGGGGAUGGGGAUGGCGUUAUGCAGAGGAGUUUGGCUGGGACGCCGAGGAAGAUGGUGGAUGGUUCUGCUUCUGCUGCUGCUGUUCCUGUUGCUGUUCCGCCUGGUAGCGCGACGCCUCGACUUCCCACACGAACGACAGCCAUGGCGUCAACGACACCAGCGCCAUCGCGCGCUCUAUCCGCAUUGAGCACCCCGCGCUCGUCGCAUACGCUCUCAGCCAUAGCAACGCCGCAGAAAUUGGUUCCCAGUAGUAGUCCGCAUACUGUGCAAGGCACGCAGAUCUCGCCGCUGAGGCCGGAUACCUUGGUUAUCCCCUCGAGUUUUCCGAGUCCGGGUAAGUUGAGUAGUUGGUUUUACCAAGCUGAGGUUGGCGAUGGGAUGGUGGACUUGGACUUGGAGCAUGAGGGGCUGGAUGGAUUCGGAAGUGUGGAGGAUUUUAGCAUUCCGGGGUUACCGCCUGGGACUGCGGAAUGGGAGGAGGAGGAGGUGUAGGUGUGUGGAUUGGAUGGAUGAUUCGUGCGUGCGAUGGGGAAGAGUAGGGGUUGCGUGGAUGGAUUCAUUGCAUUGGGGAAGCUAUGGAUGUACAGUACAGCGCAGCGGUCUCUGCUACUAGAGACACGAUUAGAACUCGUCUGAGCUAUAAUAAUACCCAACAGAACCAGCAUACCUCCAAUAUACCUCUCCCUUAUAAUAUCCAUCCUUCACCAAUCCCCGAAUCUGUAUAUCCAAUCUCCCUCACCCACCUCCACCCGCUCCAUCCCCAUCACCAUCACCACCCCAUCACAUCCAUCCUCACUCGA